AGCCGCCUGACCGACCGUUUCUGGAGGGUGCAGGAGGUGCUCAAGUAUGCACGGCAUUUUCGUGGAAGGAAGAACCGCUGCUAUAAGCUGGCUGUACGAAGUGUUCGGAGAGCUUUUGUGAAGUCUACAAAGGCCAGAAGACAGAAGAAGAGAUUCCUGAGAGCGCUCUGGAUCACGAGGAUUGAAGCAGCUUCUCUCGAACAUGGUUUGAAAUACCCAGCUUUCAUAAGCAAUCUGCUUAAGUCCCAGGUGGAGCUGAACAGGAAGAUGCUUGCUGAUUUGGCUAUUUAUGAGCCAAAGACCUUCAAGUCCCUCGCUGCCUUAGCCCAGAGGAGGAGACAAGAAGGCUUCCUUGCUGCCCUGGGAGAUGGGAAAGAACCAGAAGGGAUAUUUUCACGUAUUGUACACCACUACUGAUGUUAAAUGAGUCUAAAGAUCCGUGUUGUAAACAGGAACUCGCAUUGC